UUGCAGGCUUCAAGGGCAAGGUUGUUCAAGGAAUACAAAGAGGUGCAGAGGGAGAAAUCGGCCGAUCCGGAUAUCCAGUUGGUUUGUGAUGAUUCCAACAUUUUCAAAUGGACUGCUCUGAUAAAGGGACCUUCGGAGACUCCCUUUGAUGGUGGGGUCUUCCAGCUUGCCUUCGCGGUGCCGGAGCAGUAUCCCUUGCAGCCUCCUCAAGUUCGUUUCUUGACGAAAAUAUUCCACCCAAAUGUGCAUUUCAAGACUGGGGAGAUAUGUCUGGACAUCUUGAAGAAUGCAUGGAGUCCGGCAUGGACGCUUCAGUCGGUUUGUAGGGCUAUCAUUGCUCUUAUGGCUCACCCUGAGCCUGAUAGCCCUCUGAACUGUGAUUCAGGAAACCUUCUGCGAUCUGGCGAUGUAAGAGGUUAUCAGUCCAUGGCCAGAAUGUAUACAAGGCUCGCAGCUUCACCAAAGAAAGGCUGAAACUGCAAAAACUGUUAUUGUCUGCUCUGUUUGUUGACGACGAUAAUUCUCGAUAUGGUUAAUCCUUUGGGUUCCUAAAUUUCCAUUCUGUGUUGUAUGCUGAAAUAUCGAUUUUGUGUAAGUAGCUUUUCUUUGAGAUAGGAAACAGUUGAUUGCUAUCAAUAAGAGUAAUUGAGAC